AUGGCGAUGGACGCGGUGCGGCGAGAGGCCAAAGCCGCCUGGGCCGCGGUGCUGCGCCAGGUGUUGUCCCAGCUCUCGGGGCCGGGCCCGGGGCUUCUCAUCGCGGAGCUGUCGGCGCCCUGGGACCUCCGCUCGUGUCUCCAGGUGCUGCCGCCGAAGCGCCGGAAGUGCGUUGUUGCGUCGUUGCUGGCCAAGACCGAAAAUGAAGAGGAGGACCAUCCCAAACGCGCAGUGCGCAGGGAGGUUGUGGACCUCUUGCUAGAAUCGGGGAAGGAAGCUGCUGUACACGCAGAGGCCCUUGCCUCCGUGCUUCUGCUGGAAGACCCGCCCCUGUGCUCCAAAGCCAUCCGUGUGCUGAAAACGCUGGGCUCAGAGGGGGCGAAGCACGUGGCGCCACUUCUCGGCGACGAAGACGCGCGCUUUGAUGCCGUGGAUGUGUUGCAGAGCUUGGGGCAAGUGGCUGAGCCAUUUGUGGAGCCGCUUCUGCAACACGCCUGCGAGGAUGUCCGUGUGGUGGCAGAUCGGCUGCUAGCUCGACUGCACGCUGGGAGGUGUUCAAUGGGAAGGCCCAAGCCAUCGCUGGCUCGACAGGAGACUGCCGGAUCGUCGCUGCCGCAAAAGCGCAAGAUGGUCGCAGAGGAUGAUGUGGAGUAUAUCGACGACUUGUUGAAGGCGGCGGCAGACUGCGUGAAGCGCUCGAAGCCCUUACUGGAAAAGAUGCCCAAGUUGCCAGACCCCCCGGCAGAGCGGCCGCCCGAUCCGUUGCCGGAGCCGCCCAGACCCGAUCCAAAGGCUGGUGCACCUGCUGCAAGCCAUGUCGCGCCGUGCCCGCCGGCCCUUGCGCCGGUCCCGGCGAGUUGGUGGCCGAUCUUCGCGCACCACGCCUGGAUGCAACAUGCAGCCCAUCACGCGGCGCACGCACAGCUCGGGUUUGGGGCACCUGUGGCACUGCUGAACGCGCAGCUCGGAUUUCCCCUGGGCUUUCCUUUCUUCACGCGCUAG